GAAGAAAAGAAAAACAUUGAAGGGUGGAAACUUCGGUUCACCCUCUUCUCCCCCACUCUGUUACUCAGCCACAGUAGACCUUCUUUAUAAAUAGCGAUGCAGAGCUUAGCAUUCAGAUUCCCCCCAACUCUUGGCUCUUUUUCUUCUUAGAAAGAGAGUGUUAGAAUUGUAAUUAUAUAGUACUAGUAGCACUUGAUAAAGCAGAGAUUCUGCUUCAAGUGUCAAUCCCCAUCCUUUUACCACUUGUUAUCAUCCACACAUUACACUGCCAAUCUCUAUUCAAAAUUCAAUAACCCACAAACUAAAACUAAUGGCUCUGUUUUCAAAUCACCGACACUCUUCCGAAGCGCUCUUGGGCUUUCUACUCUUCCUCGUAUUCAGAGGGGUUUCAGUUUCAGGGGCAACAUUUACCUUCGUGAACAAGUGCGAUUACACAGUAUGGCCAGGGAUUUUAGGUACGCCGGAACUCGGAAGCACAGGCUUUGAACUUGCGAAGGAAGGUUCAAGAAGCUUCCAGGCUCCGACCGGCUGGUCCGGUAGAUUCUGGGGCAGAACCGGUUGCCAAUUCGACGGUUUGGGGAAAGGAACGUGCGCCACCGCGGACUGCGGCUCCGGCGAGGUCAACUGCAACGGCGCCGGAGCCUCCCCGCCGGCCACGCUAGCCGAGUUUACACUCGGCACCGGCUCCAUGGACUACUACGACGUCAGCCUCGUCGACGGCUACAAUCUGCCCAUGAUGGUGGUGGCCAGAGGCGGCUCGGGGUCCUGCGGCGCCACCGGGUGCGGUGAGGAUCUCAACCGGCGGUGCCCGUCGGAGCUGAGGGUGGAGGGCGGCGACGCGUGCCAGAGCGCGUGCGGCGCGUUCGGGAAACCGGAGUAUUGCUGCAACGGUGCGUUUAGUAACCCUUCCACGUGCAAGCCUUCCAUGUACUCGCAAAUGUUCAAGUCCGCAUGCCCCAAAGCCUAUAGCUACGCUUACGAUGAUGCCACUAGCACCUUCACGUGUUCCGGCGCUGACUACACAAUCACAUUUUGUCCUUCUUCUCCAAGUUUAAAGUCUUCAACGGAUUCAAGUCCAAAGGGAAUAGAUGGAGGGUCAGGGUCUGUGGGAGGUUCAUCGGUUGAGCAAUCUGAAUUAGCUUCUACUUCGUGGUUAGCCGACAUGGCAACAGCUACAGGGGCCUCAACACGAACACGGCCUCUUGUUGCAUCAAAGGUCUCUUUUUCUGUGGUGGUGGUUUUCAUUCUCUCUCUUUUGGUCGCUUAGCUUCUGGGUCCCCCUCUCCUAGUGACGUCUCAACUACAUCCUUAUCUUCCUUCUUCCCUUUCACACAGACACAAAAACAAGAUCGAUAGCAUUGAUACGCAGUGAUAAAAAAGAGUACUGUUGUGAUUAUUAAAUUAUAUAGCAUAUAUGUAAAUUUUAAGGUGGGACUAGCAGUAUAAGCGUUUCAAUCAUUUGUUGCCGGGUUAUUCUGUUGGUUAUGGUGAGUUCUUUAAUUGUGGUCCUUUGGAAUUGGAGGGUAGGGUAGGGUAGGGAAUUAUGCACAUGAUAUUGAUUAGAAAUUAGAAUGGGCACAAACAACAAUCAUGUGGCUUAAUUUGAUGAGGACUCGAGUUAGUGGGUUUUGAGGGCCAUCGCCUUUUUGCUCGCUAGGCCUUGCCAGGAAAUAGCCGAAAGGAAAUAAGAAUAGUACAAAAAUUGUAACCAA